CGGGGCGGAGCGGAGCGAGGUCCAGCCCCGCUGCAACCCCGGGGCGGGACGUGCGGCUCCGCACGGCUCUUCCGACUCAGCGCCCCUUCACAGCCGCGGUCACCGGCGCCGAGGUAACGUACUUCUGAGUGAUGCUGAUGAGUCUCUUUCAAUUUACCACUAGAAGGCUGGUUUCCCAAGCAUUUUGUGGACUUAAAGCUUCUUCUUCAAAAAACCAGAAGUUUUCCUUGGAAAUGGCUCGUCCUAGUUCAAAUAUGGCUGAGUUUCGAGAAGUAUUUGCCAAAGCGAAGCAUAUUGCCAUUAUCACAGGAGCCGGCGUUAGUGCGGAGAGUGGAGUUCCUACCUUCAGAGGGGCUGGAGGUUUCUGGAGAAAGUGGCAAGCCCAGGAGCUGGCUACGCCAGAGGCUUUUGCACGAAACCCUUCUCGUGUAUGGGAAUUUUACCAUUAUCGCCGGGAAGUGAUGUUGAGUAAACAUCCAAAUCCUGCACAUAUGGCCAUUGCAGAGUGUGAAAGGCGACUGAGCAAGCAAGGAAGGAGCGUUGUAGUCAUUACUCAGAAUAUUGAUGAACUGCACAGAAAGGCAGGCACAAAGCACCUCUUAGAAAUUCACGGUAGUUUAUUUAAAACUCGAUGCACCAGCUGUGGAAACGUGGCUGCGAAUUACAAGAGUCCAAUAUGCCCCGCGUUGGCUGGCAAAGGGGCUCCAGAUCCUGAAACAGAAGACGCCACGAUUCCUGUUGAAGACCUUCCUCAGUGUGAGGAGGACGGCUGCAAUGGGCUCCUCCGUCCCCACGUCGUGUGGUUUGGUGAAACCUUGGAUCCGAAUAUUCUCACAGAGGUUGAGAAGGAGCUUGAGAUAUGCGACCUCUGCUUAGUAGUCGGGACCUCGUCCGUGGUGUAUCCUGCUGCUAUGUUCGCCCCUCAGGUAUCCGCCAGAGGAGUGCCAGUUGCAGAAUUUAACAUGGAAGCCACUCCUGCUACAAACAGAUUCAGGUUCCACUUCCCGGGGCCGUGCGGGACCACGCUGCCGCCGGCGCUGGCCCGGCACCAGUCCGAGAUCAUCUCCUGAGCGCCCGGACAGGGCCGGGGCGUCGGGCUCCUGCUCCCCGGAGAAUAAACCUCCGCCCGCCG